AUGUGCAAGUUAGAGACUGCUAUUUAUGCUGUGUUUUGGCAUGACAUUCUUGGCAGAGUUGAUGCAACAAGCCAUGCAUUGCAAGAUCCUAAACUCGAUUUGAACACAGCAGUAGCAAUGCUGAAGUCCUUGGAAUGUUUUGUACGAGAAAAAAGAGAUUGCUUCCAUGUUUAUGAGAAGAAGGGAAGGGAAAUGUCAGAAACUAGGGAUUAUUUACAGACUCGCAAGCGUCAACGUAAUGUACGACUCAAUCCCUUGGAUUAUGGACGAUCAGAAGAAGCAGCCCUCUCACAGUCAGAAAAAUUUCUGGUUCAGAAUUUCCUUCCAGCAAUUGAUCAGUUCCUGAGUUCACUGGAUCAACAGUUAAAGGCCUAUGAGGAAACCAGUUCACUUUUCGGGUUCUUGUCUAAACUGGAGUCAAUGAAUUGUGACGAAAUUGAAGCAGCUGCAGCAAAAUUGGUUGCUGAGUACAAAAAUGAUUUGGAUCAAACACUUGGAGUUGAACUUGUGCAGUUUACAGCAUUCUUCACUCAAUUUCUUGAAGACGAAGAUGAUGAGAAAGGGAGGGCACAUUACCUUUACAAGCUGUUGAUAGACAAGAAAGUUGUAGAUACAUUUCCAAAUGUUGAAAUAAUGCUCCGGAUGUACUUGGUGCUCAAGGUCACAAAUUGUUCUGGAGAACUUUUUUUCAGUAAAAUGAAGUUUAUUAAAAACAGACUUCAUACUACAAUGUGUCAUGAUAGGCUCAGCCACCUGGCUUUGAUGAGUAUCGAAUAUGACAUCCUCAGAGAGAUUGACUUCGAAAAGUUGAUCAAAAACUUUGCAGCGGCCAGGUCACUUAAAGUGCCUGGUCUGUAA